AUAUCAUGUCUACGGAGAAAUUGUACAUUGGUUCCCUUUUGGGAUCCCUGCUAGUGCAUUCACUCAUGGUUGAGUUGGCCAUUUGUUCCUCAAACUUCACUGAUCAAUUGGCUCUCCUCUCCUUCAAAUCCUCAAUCAACUUUGAUCCCAAUAAUAUGUUGAGUAACUGGACACAAGAAUCCAACUUUUGUGGCUGGGCGGGGGUCUCUUGUAGCCGUCGUAGUCAAAGAGUCACGGGUUUGAUCCUUCGCGGCAUGGGUCUCCAAGGCACCAUAUCUUCUCGUGUCGGUAACCUUUCCUUCCUCCAAGUGCUCGAUCUAGGCAACAACAGCUUCCAUGGUCAUCUGACCGAUGAAGUUGGCCGUUUGCAUCGCUUGACAAGUCUCAUGUUAAUGGACAAUAUGUUGGAAGGGGGCAUCCCAAUGGGUUUGCACCAGUGUCGGAUGCUUCAUGCCGUAUCUCUUGCAGGAAAUAAUUUUAGCGGUAGCAUACCAAAAGAGUUGAGUACGUUACCCUUUUUGAGAUAUCUUUUACUAGCAGAAAAUAACCUUACAGGUACCAUUCCACCUUCCUUCGGCAACACUUCAAGCUUAAAAUGGUUUGGCUUGGCAUAUAACAGCAUUCAUGGAAGAAUUCCAACUGAAUUAGGACAACUUCCAAAUGUGCGGAUAAUUUCCUUAAGUUUCAAUUAUCUCACAGGUUCGAUAAUCUCCUGUUCAAUUCCAUCUGGGUUGUUUAAUAUUUCAUCAUUGUUGUACUUAUUUCUUGGUGCUAAUCGACUCAAUGGUCAACUCCAAGAAUUCCCAAAUACAUCAUUGCGAUUGUUAGAUUUGAGCAUCAAUGAACUAAGUGGCCCGAUCCCACCACUUUUGGUGACAUACUUUUUUAUCUCACAUAAUGAAUUCGCAGAGAUCCCUUCGGCGAUUUGCAAUGUGAGUUCCAUUAAGAUCCUUGAUUUGUCUCAUAAUAGCUUGAGUGGUGUAAUUCCACAAUGUUUAGGAAACUUCAGCAAUGUACUCAGUGUGUUGGAUCUUAGAAUGAAUAACUUUCACGGCAGCAUUCCGACCUCAUUUGCAGAGGGAAACAAGUUGAGGACUAUUGAUUUAAACGGGAAUCAAUUGGAAGGAAAAGUGCCACGAUCCUUGGCAAGAUGUAGACACUUGGAAGUUCUAGACUUCGGGAACAACAGUAUAAAUGACACAUUCCCCUACUGGUUGGAAACUCUUCCGGAGUUGCAAGUCCUUGUCUUUCAAUCCAAUAAAUUUCACGGUCCUAUGGGCUCUUCCAAAACUCAACUACCCUUUCCUAAACUUCGAAUAUUGGAUCUCUCUCACAAUGAGUUUAGUGGCUUUUUGCCAACAUAUUUCAAGCAGUUCAAAGCUAUGAGGAUCAUCAAUGAAAGUGUGGGACUGAGAUAUAUGGGGCAAUCUUAUUAUAAUGAUUCAGUGACAAUUAUGAUAAAGGGUCUUCAGAUUGAAUUACCAAGAAUUCUAACAAUUUUCACGACCAUUGACUUAUCACACAACAAAUUUAGUGGAGAGAUUCCAAAUGUCAUCGGAAAGCUUCUUGCACUUCGAUUGCUUAACUUAUCUCACAACAACCUUGUUGGCAAUAUCCCUUCAUCAUUGGGAAAUCUUUGUUCGCUUGAAUCGUUGGACCUCUCUUCAAACCAACUUUCUGGUAAGAUUCCUAGCCAAUUGACAAGUUUGACAUUUCUUGGAGUCUUAAAUUUUUCAGAAAAUCGUCUUGAGGGUCGCAUACCUCGUGGCAACCAAUUUGAAACAUUUGACAAUAGCUCGUACAAUGGGAACUUGGCAUUAUGUGGAUUUCCUCUAUCAAAGGAAUGUAAAGAUAAUAAGACACAACUACAUCCAACACCCAUGUUGCCCAAGGAAGAUGAUCUAACUUUUGCACAUGGAUUUAGUUGGAAAGUGGUACAAAUGGGGUAUGGAUGUGGAAUGGUAUUGGGAUUGGUAAUGGGAUAUAUUAUGUUCUUAAUUGGAAAACCAAAAUGGUUUCUAAGAAUCGCUGAAGGAGAACAACAAAAGAAAUGGAAAAGGUCACACAAGGGUGGUAACAGACACGAUGGAAGAAAAAAGUAG